AUGCCCGGUCUUGUCGACCAUUUUCGCGAUGAGAUUGCUGACGAACACAAAAUGAAAGUAUGCGAGCUAGGCGAGGUGGUCCAGGACAGUGUAUGCGAGAUACAAACUGUAACUGAUGGUGGUUCAGAGGUAAUAGGGAGCGUUACAACAGCGCAUAUCGAUGAACUAAAUAAGCAGGCCGUCGAGGAGAAGAAAGCAUUGAAGGAAUUGGCUACAAAAUUGACUGUUUCUCUCAAGGCCUCAUUUGACGAUUUGCGAGACUCUAGGCAUGAAAAUCAGGGCACACACGCGCGAUGCCGCUCCGUUUGA